ACAGUUCCCAUGUCGUCAAGGGUGUGGAAAGUCUUGGUCCCAUUACUUCUCUUUCCGUCCUUUUCCGCCCUCGCAUUCCGUUUCCUUGUCGGACACCUCGUGAAAUCCGGUGGUGGGGCAUUGAUCAGGGCCCAAUGCCCUCCCAAUGAUGGUGCUUAUGCGCUUGUAUACACCUCAGUUCCAGGCAUCGACAAACAGCUCUGCAUACUCGUCACGUUCUUUCAUGCCGCUUUCCAGCCCAAAACCGCCCUCUUCCUCGCCGAGUUCGCUGCGUCUGGCGCCGCAUUUAUCGUAUUGCCAUACGUAGAAGCUUCGCGUCAAGGCCGUCCUUUCCUGCUCGCCUUCCCGACCCUAUUCGGCAUCAUGUACCAAAAUAUCGGUGUGGGGGUCAUGUAUCCCCUGUACUGGCUCGCAUUCAUUCUCUCGGGACAAGCGCGUCUUCGUCCGGGGCCUGCUGCAAAGAUUGACCAAGCACACGCAGAAGCGACAAUGUUCGCCCUUCUCAUUGGCGCCGCCGUGCCAUCUCUUUUGAUGUAUUUCUUGGACGACGCAAUUGUGACUGCCGCUUGGCAGGCAUUCCCUGUCUGGAUGUGGUUGUCGCAGCAGGCGCACCUCCUCGUUCGUCCAUCAUCGCGUCAUCCUCAGUCGGGUUAUAAGACAAUCCAAGUCCUGUUCAUCGCCACUUUCAUCCUUUCUGCCGCGACUCAUCUCGCCGUGGUAUGGCCGCUGCUCGAGGAGCCUGAUGCCAUCAAAUACUAUUUCCUUCCACGCAUCGCAGUCCCAGACCCGCAGACCACGACUCUAGAAUAUGCAGCAUUGGUAUUCCUACAGUGGGACGCCACGUUCGCAUUCGGACCUAGCCUCAUCGGGUCUCUGUGGGUUGCAGAGACUGUGUCGCAAUUUUCAAUCCUUGCCCUCUGGAACGUCGUAGGGAGCAUUGCGUUUGGGCCGGGGGCUGCUAUCUCUGGAUUCCUCUUAUGGCGGGAAGCGAGG